AUGACUGACAUCGUGCUAGCUUUGGAGGCUGCUGUGUUUGUCCACUCCAUGCGUUCAGAUAAGCCGACGACCCACAACAAGCGAAGGCUGCACAAGCUCGAUGCGGAUGUGCCCAUACACGAUGUUCGCCCUCCGGAAGGAGUGCCCCACGCCAGACUUGACUCGGUUCAGCUAGAGAUAGCUGUGAGUGGUUUGCCUGAGGUCCAAGCGGCAUCGGCAGAAGAUAGCAGCACUUCAGAGGCUGAAGGCGCGACAGGACCCGAUCCGACUGAAUUUGAGCAUGAAUUAUUGCUUGACGAAUCGAGAAGUAUGCUGGACGACCACGAGCUUCUCAUGGACGGGAUCGAAGGGGGCCAAUCGGAGACUGGCAGCGUCGGCAGAGAUUUCAAAGAUUGCACCGCUCAAGCCCUCACCGACUGGACACUAAUGUGUGUGCACAUCGCUAUUGCCGGGCCUGCCAGUAGAAGAGUCAAGGAUCUGGCCAUCUCCACAGCAAGUCUCCAGCCUCUGGCGUCAAUUGCACCUUCGAUCUGGUCGCCGCGAUAUCUACCGUCGCUGGCAGCUAGAUCAGUCUUCCUUCCGACCAUAUCCCACGCGCUUGCUUCAGUUGUUCGCACCUCGAAAAGCAAGAAGAUCGAGAGAUUGGCUUCCAACGUGGUGGAAGCCGCUUCCUCAAAGGACCGCAUCACAGACCACUCUCACCCACAAUCAGCAACGAGCACAAGAUUUCAAUCGAGCGUCUUUCAUAAGCAGCUCUGGAAGAUGCUUCAGACUCGCAUGUACGACCCGAAAGCAGCGAAGCGCCCGCAGCUGCUUGUGACCCCAACCACAGUUUCGUCGACCGUCUCGAACGACAUGUUAGAGCUUGACGCUGAUGCAGAUGGGCUUUGCGACACUGUCGAUCUCGACCACGACAUGCUAACUCUAGCCUCUGACAAUGAGAAUGAUUACCUAUCCGAGGACGAUAUACUUGGUAUUGAUGACUUCGAAGACUUCACCACGACAGCUUUUGAGGAUGCAAUGGAUUCUGAAGAACUGGAGAUGAGUAGUGGUGAUCAAAGCACACAGACCACAGUCUCGAGCGCUACCACAGAUCUGACAUCUGACGAGGAUCUGCUGUCGGUCUACAGCAGCAUUGACUCGAUGUUGCUGUUAGGCUAUGAUGAGGAGGAAGAGAUGCAGGGCUGUCGGUGGCAGGAUGCGGAGCAGAUGCUGUGCAUCUGA